AUGGACCGCGGCGGCCCCGCGGGCAGCCCCCUGAUCGUCAGCAACGAGCCCACGCCCCCGGCCGCCGCCACCUGCGACUCGAGCCCCGGGCGGACCCGGCCAGGGCCGGCGGGCCCGGGCGGCGGCGCGCGCUCGGGGGGCGGGCGGCCGGCGGCGGCAAACGCGGCGCGGGAGCGCAGCCGCGUGCAGACCCUGCGGCACGCCUUCCUGGAGCUGCAGCGCACGCUGCCGUCGGUGCCGCCCGACACCAAGCUGUCCAAGCUGGACGUGCUGCUGCUGGCCACCACCUACAUUGCGCACCUCACCCGCAGCCUCCAGGACGACGCCGAGGCGCCGGCGGACCCCGGGCUAGGCGCCCUGCGCGGCGACGGCUACCUGCACCCUGUUAAGAAAUGGCCCAUGCGAUCAAGAUUAUACAUUGGUGCUACUGGUCAGUUUCUGAAGCAUUCUGUCUCUGGAGAAAAAGCAAAUCAUGGUAAUACUCCAACAGACUCACAGCCCUGAUGGGGCUGGUAGAAAGUGAUGUCUAUUGUUUUUAAAUGGUAUGAAAUAAUUCUAUAUUUAUUACAUCAGACAUAACAAACAUCAUUUCUGAAAGUUUACGUAUGAAUCCAUAGUUGAGUGUUCAGAUUUAUUUGUCUAAUCUAAACAAAUGUGGGAUGAAAUAAUCAGUCUUGUAUAAAACAGCUCAUCUGUUCAGUGUGAGAGAUAGGCACUACUAUAUAGUGCAGGAGAAACUAUUGGAAAAAAGAAAAAGACACACGAAAGCAAAGAAUUAUGUAUAUGUCCAAAGAAUACACACAUUUUCUGUAGUGUAUCUGUUACAAACUGAAAAGCUAAUUAUCAAUUCACUCUUCCUAGUUUAAAAAAAUAAAAGCUGUGUUUGUAAUACACCAGUAUUUCAUUUUUGUGAAAACCAGUCUGUGCUUAAAGUUGGUGUAGGAAGCUUAUUUCAGUUGGAAGAGGUGAGAUCAUUCAGUUUUAACUGAAUAUGUGUGAAAAGACUGUUGAAUUAAUAUG